CGGGGCCAAAAGCAGAGUCUUCGUCGGAGGCUCUGAGGAGAAGGACAGAGACGCGGUGGAAGGCAGGCGAGCAGGACGCACGCUCAGCACGGCCCGACAUGGACGAGGAAGGCGGCGGAGGAGGAGGGGGCAGCGUGCCCAGUGACCUUUCUGUAGAGGAGAGGGAAGAGCUUUUAAACAUUCGACGCAGAAAAAAAGAACUAAUUGAUGAUAUAGAGCGGUUAAAGUUUGAAAUUGCUGAGGUUAUGACAGAAAUCGAUAACCUAACCAGUGUGGAGGAAAGCAAAGCCACCCAAAGAAAUAAGCAAAUUGCUAUGGGAAGAAAAAAAUUCAACAUGGAUCCCAAGAAGGGAAUCCAGUUUCUGAUAGAAAACGACCUCUUGCAGAAUACGGCUGAAGACAUUGCACAAUUCCUUUAUAAAGGAGAAGGGCUAAAUAAAACGGUCAUUGGAGAUUAUCUCGGCGAAAGGGAUGACUUUAAUAUUAAAGUACUUCAGGCUUUUGUUGAACUCCAUGAGUUUGCGGAUCUUAACCUUGUACAAGCCUUAAGGCAGUUCCUGUGGAGUUUCCGGCUUCCAGGAGAGGCUCAAAAAAUCGAUCGUAUGAUGGAAGCUUUUGCUUCACGUUAUUGCCUUUGUAACCCUGGAGUAUUCCAGUCUACAGAUACAUGCUACGUGCUCUCUUUUGCAAUCAUUAUGUUAAACACUAGCCUUCACAAUCACAAUGUAAGAGACAAACCAACAGUAGAACGAUUUAUAUCUAUGAAUCGAGGCAUUAAUGAAGGCGGGGACCUCCCAGAAGAAUUACUACGGAAUUUAUAUGAAAGCAUUAAAAAUGAGCCUUUUAAAAUUCCAGAAGAUGAUGGGAACGAUUUGACCCAUACGUUUUUUAACCCAGACCGAGAAGGCUGGCUGCUGAAAUUAGGCGGAAGAGUGAAAACGUGGAAAAGGAGGUGGUUUAUACUGACAGAUAAUUGCCUGUAUUAUUUUGAAUACACAACAGACAAGGAGCCCAGAGGGAUUAUACCCUUGGAAAACCUCAGCAUACGAGAAGUGGAGGAUCCGAGAAAACCAAAUUGUUUUGAACUGUAUAACCCCAGCCAUAAAGGGCAAGUCAUUAAAGCCUGCAAGACAGAAGCCGAUGGCAGAGUGGUCGAAGGCAACCAUGUGGUGUACAGGAUAUCUGCUCCCACUCCGGAAGAGAAGGAAGAGUGGAUCAAAUCCAUCAAGGCAAGCAUCAGCAAGGACCCUUUUUAUGACAUGUUGGCGACCAGGAAGAGAAGAAUUGCUAACAAAAAAUAACGCUAAUCCUGUGGACCCACCUAAGCCAAAUUGCUAAUGCAUCAUAAAGCCAAGGUAAAGUUCACAGAAAACAAGAUUUGUAUUAGAAGUGUUGCCACUUUCCUGCAGCUUAUAUGGAGUCUGUGAGCGUUAAUUAAUAUUCCAUGAGACGCUGGAAAAAGCUUCAAGUUCACGGACUGAUCUAUAGAUGAACUUUACACUUUGGAAGGAAAUGUGUGCUGUUUUUUGUGUUGUUGAACCUGGGUGUGCGAUCUCUCCCUCCUGCCCUGUGGGGCCUUUGCCCAGGAUUGCUGAGUCUGGCCUUCCCAACGAGCAGAGCGAGUCCCUUUUCCUUCCAUGAUUGCAGAUGUCUUUUGCUCUCCUUUGCUAAAAUUCUCCUUAGCCUUUGCAACACAGAAGCCUUUUGGGCCUGGAUGGUUUUUGCAUACAGCUCACAUCCAGCCUGCAGCACUUCAUUUAGAAUCUGCUAGUCUGGCAGCUAUAUGAUUAACAGACUUCCUUCUCAUAAACAUCUGGCCAUCUACUGAAAGCAUGAAGCUCCCGAAGACGAAAAAGGUCAUAAACAUGCAUUUCGGAAGCAUUGCUACGGCUCAUCUUGAGUUCUUAGAUGCCUUGGAAAUGUGUUAUUGCCCUUCUCCAGAUGUUAACCUGAAAUGUCUUCCAAAUCUGAGUUAUGUCAGGUGUCAGUCACUGUUUUAUAUUGUUUUGUGAAGACAACAUUGCUUUAACGACCUUUUUCUGCCCAUUUGUGCAGAUGGCCACAGAGUUCUUUUUCGCAAACAACCAGCUUUAAUUUUCUCCUCUUUUAUUGCCAUUUACAGGUUUAAUUUUCUAUCCCCUUGGGAUCUUACCCUCCUUUCCCAACUGUAAAUAUUUAAAUGUGUUGUAAGUCAGAAAGAGGAAGAAUCCAGUAUUUUGCUAAUGAAGAGUGACCUGUUGUACAUCUGAAAGGUGUAGGGUCUUUUUACAAGUGCUUUCCUUUUCUUUGAUCCUUUUGCCUUGUGUGUUUUUGUGUGGCACUUUGCCUUCCCUGAACCCUCUCCUGUCAAUUUCUGAGGCACAUCCAAGAUGUAGAGUCCGGUGGAGUAGAGAGAGCUAAUCCAUUUUGGCCAAUAAUCUACCUUUUUGCAAUCGCAGAUAGUGGUGUAGGAUUUUACCCCACUACUCUGGUCAUUCAAAAGUAACCUUCAUGGAAAAAGUAUUAGUGCUUUUGUCCCGAUCUUUCCAAAACAUGAGGCAAGGAAUUAUGUUAGACAAAUGUGAAUGUGGGAAGAAUUACUGUUGCAUUGCUGUAUGGCCAUGCUGUAUGGCCAUGCUGCAUUGCUGUAUGGCCAUGUCCCAGAAGCAUUCUCUCUUGACAUUUUGCCCAUAUCAAUGGCAGGCAUCCUUGGAGGCAACCUCUGAGGAUGCCUGCCAUAAAUGUGAGUGAAACGUCAGGAGGGAAUGCUUCUGGAACAUGGCCAUAGUUGCUGUGAGUUUUUCGGCUGUAUGGCCAUGUCCCAGAAGGAUUCUCUCCUGACAAUUUGCCCACAUCUAUGACAUGCAUCUGAGGAUACCUGCCAUAGAUGUGAGUGAUACAUCAAGAGAGAAUGCUUCUGGAACAUGGCCAUAGUUGCUAUGGGUUUUCCAGGCUGUAUGGCCAUGUCCCAGAAGCAUUCUCUCCUGACAUUUUGCUCACAUUUGUGGCAGGCAUUCUCAGAGGCAACGUUUGAGGAUACCUGUCAUAGAUGUGAUUGAAACAUUAGGAGACAAUGCUUCUGGAACAUGGCCAUAGUUGCUGUGAGUUUUCCAGGCUCUGUGACAAUGUUCCAGAAGCAUUCUCUCCUGACGUUUUGCCCACAUCUAUGGCAGAUCCUCAGAGCCAACCUUUGAAGAUGCCUGCCAUAGAUGUGGGUGAAACGUCAGGAGAGAAUGCUUCUGUAACAUGUCCAGAGAGCCCGGAAAACACACAACAACCCAGUGAUUCCGGAAAUGAAAGCCUUCGACAACACAAUUACUGCUGCUUCUAACUCAUCCACUGAAAAAGUCUCAUCAGUGCAGAACAUGCAAACUGAGUAAGUCUGGUGCUCAGAAACUUUUUGCUAAACAGAAGAGUAGCUCUUUGCCUAGCUGUAUAUAGAAAGUCUGCAGAUGUUUGUAUACGACAGUAUUAGCAGGGAUUCAAACCAGAGGAAUGGUUUUUGAUUGCUUAAGGUACUACCUUUAUGAAGAGGUAAAAUUCCCUACUCCGGGCUCCCCUUUGGUCACAGGGACUAGUUUGAUUAUUCUGGCCACCAAUAUGGCAGAGUUAUUGGGGUCCUGCUGAAGGAGUUAUACAGGAAGAUAUAUCUACUUCUAGGAUGCCCUACAAUGAGGGCCAGAUUCAGGAGAUCAGUGGCUCUCAACUUGUGCGUCCCCAGGUGUUUUGGCCAACAACUCCCAGAAAUCCCAGUUUACCAGCUGUUAAGCUUUCUGGGGGUUGAAGGCCAAAACAUCUGGGGACCCACAGGUUGAGAACCACUCCAGUAGAUAAAAAAGGCAGCCUAGGGCUUCCCUAAAGUGGAAAGAAGAGAGGGAGAGGACCUCUUCUGAAUCCAUAAAAUAUUUCCAGAGUGGGCUGUACUUCUCCAGAAGAGUCAGCCCGUCAUUCCCUGUGAUCUCUUCUCACAAUGAGAGUAGAGCAGUUCUAGACCGGGCUGCCUUUUCUCCAACAUUAUUAUUUAAACCUUGCAGACUCUGGGUUUUGAAGGGGCACGUUGUAAAGCACUUUGAGCUCAGCUGGCCUGGCAGGUGCUGAACCCGAGGAGAGAGGGAGGAAGAGAUCAACGUGCUUGGCAAUGUCACACCGAUUUGUUUUUGGACGGCAUGGAAGUGUGUGGUACAAAAUAAAAAAACCUUUUGGAAUACUUCAUAUUUUUAAAAUAAAUUCUUAUUUUUGAAAAAACGUAGUACAUACAUAACUUUCUAAUGCGGCAGUCAAAAGGAAAGGGUUGGAUCUGGCGAGACCGUAACAUUGCCUUGCUUUUAAUAUGACUGUCUACAAGACCAAGAUCCAAUGAACACACAGUACGAUUCCCCCUUUCUUUCUGGUGGCUGGAGAAGGCCAUGUCUCAGUGUUGGGUUCUCCCUCAUCUGAGCUGGUGCAGCCAAAGGUGAGUGACAAUGGGAGUUACAUUUGGCCCUGUCCCCCAUCUCUCUCCUAGUUGGACCUUGGCCCCAAGGCCAGCCCUGGCUAUGGGUCAGGAAGCCUCUGCUCCCGACGUAUGAAGGAGGCCACGGCUACCUUUGCCUUGGCCCUCUGAAGCCCAGAUGCUGCAAACCUAACAAGUGGCUCACCACUUCUCUCUCUGUGUGUGUAUUUUUCUUGGAGAAUGUUUCUUAUAUUGACAUUUAAAUGUAAGGUAUAAUGUAUAUACUGUACAUCUGUGUAUUAUUUGAACUUGGAAGAUUGGUUAAUCUUGUACGCUAACGAAUUGCAUGAAAUAGUCUGUUAUCUAUGUUACACAAAUAUCUAUGUGUGGAAGUCCUCUCGUGGGCUGCUUUACAUCAUCAGCAAGCAUUGAUUGAAGAAAAGACUUCACGGAGACUCCCUUCUCAGAAAUAAAAGUAUACAUUCUACAAAA